UGAGGUGAGACUGCAUGUCAGAGGUCCCUGCAGGAAGUUCCUUGAGUCUGCUGUCCUGCCCAGGAAGCUCGUACACAGAUGUUCUAAGGAUUGUUCUCUGUUAGCUGUGCCUCCUGCAUGCCCUGCUGCCCUGAGCUGUCCCAAGCUAGGUGACAGCGUGUCACGCUGCCACCAUGAACGAGGUGUCUGUCAUCAAAGAAGGCUGGCUCCACAAGCGUGGUGAAUACAUCAAGACCUGGAGGCCACGGUACUUCCUGCUGAAGAGUGAUGGCUCCUUCAUUGGCUACAAGGAGCGGCCCGAGGCCCCUGACCAGACCCUGCCCCCCCUAAACAACUUCUCUGUUGCAGAAUGCCAGCUGAUGAAGACUGAGAGACCACGGCCCAACACAUUUGUCAUACGCUGCCUACAGUGGACCACAGUCAUCGAGAGGACUUUCCACGUAGACUCUCCAGAUGAGAGGGAGGAGUGGAUGCGGGCCAUCCAGAUGGUUGCCAACAGCCUCAAACAGCGGGGCCCGGGUGAGGACCCCAUGGACUACAAGUGUGGCUCCCCCAGUGACUCUUCUGCAGCUGAGGAGAUGGAAGUGGCCGUUAGCAAGGCACGGGCCAAGGUGACCAUGAACGACUUCGACUAUCUCAAGCUCCUGGGCAAGGGCACCUUCGGCAAAGUCAUCCUGGUGCGGGAGAAGGCCACCGGCCGCUACUAUGCCAUGAAGAUCCUGCGGAAGGAGGUCAUCAUCGCCAAGGAUGAAGUCGCCCACACGGUCACCGAGAGCCGGGUCCUCCAGAACACCAGGCACCCAUUCCUCACUGCACUGAAGUACGCCUUCCAGACCCACGACCGCCUGUGCUUCGUGAUGGAGUACGCUAACGGUGGGGAGCUGUUCUUCCACCUGUCCCGGGAGCGCGUCUUCACGGAGGAGCGGGCACGCUUCUAUGGCGCAGAGAUCGUCUCAGCCCUGGAGUACCUGCACUCCAGGGAUGUAGUGUACCGUGACAUCAAGCUGGAAAACCUCAUGCUGGACAAAGAUGGCCACAUCAAGAUCACCGACUUUGGCCUGUGCAAAGAGGGCAUCAGUGACGGGGCCACCAUGAAAACCUUCUGCGGGACCCCCGAAUAUCUGGCACCCGAGGUCCUGGAGGACAACGACUAUGGCCGUGCCGUGGACUGGUGGGGGCUGGGUGUGGUCAUGUACGAGAUGAUGUGCGGCCGCCUGCCCUUCUACAACCAGGACCACGAGCGCCUCUUCGAGCUCAUCCUCAUGGAGGAGAUCCGCUUCCCGCGCACGCUCAGCCCCGAGGCCAAGUCCCUGCUGGCUGGGCUGCUUAAGAAGGACCCCAAGCAGAGGCUCGGCGGGGGGCCCAGCGACGCCAAGGAGGUCAUGGAGCACAGGUUCUUCCUCAGCAUCAACUGGCAGGACGUGGUACAGAAGAAGCUCCCGCCACCCUUCAAACCUCAGGUCACGUCUGAGGUUGACACAAGGUACUUCGAUGAUGAGUUCACUGCCCAGUCCAUCACAAUCACACCCCCGGACCGCUAUGACAGCCUGGGCUCCCUCGACCUGGACCAGCGGACUCACUUCCCCCAGUUCUCCUACUCGGCCAGCAUCCGCGAGUGAGCAGUGCUGCCUGCCCGCCCGCUGCCACUACCACGGAUACCCAUGGCUGCCAUCACCGCCGGGGGGCUUUGUCUAUUUUUUUCUUUUUUAACUUUUUAUUUUGCCUUUUUUGUUUGCAUCUCCAUUCCUCACCCCUUCACCCCCAUUUCUAGUUUUUUCUUCAGCCCUCUGCCAAACUCCCCUCAGCGGACCCAGCAGCCCUGCCUCCAGGAUCCUGUCCUGCCCUCACUUUUGCUCCCAAGUCAGGACUGGGAAGACUCCGCCGCCUGCCCCAGGGCCUGGCCUUUGGGCAGUUGGGAAGAUUUUGAUUUUUAAUCAACACAAGCCCCAGUAGGGAGUAAAGGUGGAGUUGGGGGCCUGCCUGAGUCUCCAGCUGGUUGCCCACCGCUGCCUGCCUCUGUGCUGUGCCACCCUCGGAGGGGGUGGCGCCCUGGGGCUACCUUCCGUGCCUGUUGUUAGGCUCUGAGUAGCCUGGCAAGGGGACAGUCCAGCCCCCUCCCCACACAGUGGCAGAAAAGCAAUAAUGUCCAGGGCCAGGUGGGGCCUUUGGGAGCUGCAGGAGCGGAGGUCUAGAGCUCCCUUGGUAGGUUGGGGUCGAUUACCCUGUGGGGAACCAGAACGGAGCGGCCAAGGGGAUGGACACUGCCUCCCUGUGCCCCACGCUGCUCUCCUGACCCUGUGGACGAGGCAGGAGGAACAUUUGGGGGCCUAGCCUUCCCACCCCCAAGCCCCGUGCCUUACCAGGGCUUCCUUCCAGCCGGCCUUACCUCCCGCUGCACCCCAGGCCUGGCCCUGGCCCCUUCCAGGAUGGGGGCCGGGAUUGUCCCUUCUCUCUACCUGGGACGGAGGGGCGCCAGCCUUGGCUGUUACACAUCUCGCACCGAGACAGUAUUGGGCCCCAUGGACUUGGGUUGAGGAGGGGGCAGGAGUGGGUGUCUCUGGUACGUACUGGGGUGGGGGCCUCUGAGAAGGAAGGCUCCAGGCCACCUCACCCCCCUCCCCAGCCCCACGUUCUGCAGCCUUAAGGGGAAUGUGUGUCAGUGCUAUGGUCACUUGUGUGUGUGUGCGCCUUGGACUGUGUGUGUGCUGUUUGUGUCCUUGUGUAUCUAAGACACAGAUGCACACGGGUGUGUGUGUGCAUGUGUGCGGGAUAUGUGUGUGCAAGGGCAAGUGUGUUCCGGCCUCGUGUGUGUGGUGUGUGGGGGUUUGGGCCCCUGGCCCUGAUCCCAGCAUUUCAUCCCAGGGGGAGGGAUGCUGGCCUAGCAGGAGAGCUAUACGUGAGGUCCACUUGCUGCCCCGUCUCUCCCCCUUCCCACCAACAUCUCCAGGUGUUUGAAAUGUAGUUUUUAUGGUUUUGAUUUUCCCACCCCCACCUCCUGUACUAGGUAGUUCACAGAGAGACAUCUGGGGUGGGGCGGGGUUG